GUGCAGAAGCCCCGACACCCACAGGCAGCUGACAGCCGGGGGGAGAGCUGUGGGGCUCAGGGUGCUGGGGGAUCAGUAGCUUUAUAGGUACCAGGCUGGGAAUAUUCCCCUGUAGCCCCCUGAGUCCGGGGAGAGUCGGAUGAGCAGCUGUGACUUUACAAUGGGGGGAUCUGACCAAUAACAAUUGGUGGGAAAGCAAAGCAACACGACCUCUGCUGGGACUUCAUGACAGUAUCAACUACCACUGCAGCCUGCAGCAGUCCCAUCGCUUGCCCUCCCCCAGCCAUGGCAGGUGUGUUACUCAGAAAUGGGACUCAUCAACUUUGUCUAAGGUCCUUCUAAAAUACUUUAUUUCUGCAUUCCGAGGAGCUUGCAAUCUACUUGUUCCUGGGGGAGGGGGGGACAUGAACCUGCUGCACUAGCUAUUGGCUUGGCUGGUUUCUAAGGCUAUGGCAUUGGCACUACACUGGCGACUUUAGCAUGGCGAGCUCAGCAUGCCCUCGGCUAGCAUGGCACUCCCCGCAACCCUGCCCGAGCCGCUGCCCCGGGGCAUCUUUAGGAAGUUUGUGCUGAUGCUCUGCUCCCUUCUCAUGUCCCUCUAUGUCUUCUACUGCCUGGCCGAGCAGUGCCAGAACCUUCCGGGACCCCUCAUCCAGGCCUCGGAGCAAGAGGAAGGGUACCGGGAGUUGGAUAUAACCAUCUGGCAGUCGUUGGAAGGGAAGAAGCUGCUGCAGAAGACAAAGGAGCAGAGAUGGGGAGCCCCCUGGAGCCGACUCUUCCCCAGCAUUGGCGUAGGUACCCCCUUCCGUGCCCACACCGGGGCAGAGAAUACCCAUAGGACCCCCAUGCUGGAGAGCACCCUGACUCCCUUGGGAGAAGGCAGCAAGAAUCUGCCCCAGGCCAUUAUCAUCGGGGUAAAGAAAGGGGGCACCCGAGCCCUGCUGGAGUUCCUCAGGAUCCACCCAGACAUCAGGGCAGUGGGGGCCGAACCCCACUUUUUUGACCGGAAUUACCACAAGGGACUGGACUGGUACAGGGAUCUGAUGCCCAGGACCUUGGAUGGUCAGAUCACCAUGGAGAAGACCCCCAGCUACUUUGUAACCAAGGAGGCCCCGGCGCGUAUCUCGGCCAUGUCUAAAGAUGCCAAGCUGAUCGUGGUGGUGAGGGACCCCGUGACUAGAGUCAUAUCCGACUAUACACAGACGCUGUCCAAACGGCCGGACAUCCCUACUUUUGAGAGCCUCACCUUCAAAAACAGGACUACGGGUCUCAUUGACAUAUCAUGGAGCGCCAUCCAGAUCGGCAUCUACGCCAAGCACUUGGAGAACUGGCUACUGGAUUUCCCCAUUGGGCAGAUGCUGUUUGUGAGCGGGGAGCGGCUUAUAACAGAUCCGGCCGGGGAACUGGGCCGGGUCCAGGAUUUCCUGGGGCUAAAGAGGAUCAUCACCGACAAACACUUUUACUUCAACAAGACGAAAGGCUUCCCGUGCCUGAAAAAGGCCGAGGGGAGCAGCAAACCCCACUGUCUGGGCAAAACCAAGGGCAGAACUCACCCCGACAUCCACCCCAAAGUGGUGCAGAGACUGCGGGAAUUCUACCGGCCCUUUAACAUGAAGUUCUACCAAAUGACCGGACAGGACUUUGGCUGGGAUUAUUAAAGAGAUAAAGUUUAAUAUAUAUAUAUCUAUAUUUUUCUUAUGCGGAACUGGAAAACAAAUACAAUGAUCGAUGCCUCUGAGAAAGGAAUAGUGAGACCCAACGCGUUUCCAACGUAGAGUUUGUGCUUCUUCCAGGACCCCGAGGGCGAGUCCGGGACAUGGAGUCUUGUCUAUUUCUUGUCGAGACCCAUCAUUGCCCAAAUAAAUAUAUAUAUAUAGAGGUAUUGGACCCCUUAUUCGGGAACCCAUUAUCCAGAAAGUUCCAAAUUACGGAAAGGCCAUCUCCCAUAGACUCCAUUAUAAGCAAAUAAUUCACAUUUUUAAAAAUGAUUUCCUUUUUUCCCUUUUCCCAAGCAUUCUGGAUAACGGGUCCCAUACCUGUAUAUAUAUCUGUUACCCUGUUAGAGAUUCCCAAGAGGAGGAAACAGAUCGACAGCAAAAGUUCAUUGAGUUGUUUUAUACUAGAAAAAGAGUCAAAUGUCAUAUUUAUUCUUUGUGAAAUUAGGCUAUUUUUAUAUCAGAAUUAAUGUUUCAUAAUUAAUCGCUAUCCCCCUCCCCAAAAUGCCCCUUUUUUUAAAAAAAAAAAAAAAAGAUAUUGUUUAACCCAUUAUAUCUCAAGUGCCACUUUAAAUAAAUCACCUUUUUUCCAA